UAUAGGGCUGUUUAAAAACACCUAUAUUAAUAUAUAUAAUGUAAAACCCUGAUGAAAUAAAGAAAAGAAAGAAAAAAAGAAAGAAAAACAAAUUGAAAUGUCCGCUAGGCAUCACUCAUAUUUUAUUUUAUUGAUUAUAGACCUAAAACACAGAACUACCCACCCUAAUGAUAGAAUAACAUAUAGCUUAGUACAAAUCAUUUAAAAAAUAAACAAAUAAAACUGAAAUGUCAUAAUCACUUAUAGAUGGUUAUUUUUUAUUUAAUUUCAUUUGGAAGUCGAAAAUUGUCUUUUUGAGUCAACUGGCAAUAAUAUGACUUUCACUGUUUCUAAUACAUACAACUAUUACUGUGACUAGACCAUAUUGUGCAGCUAAACUAGACUAUACCACUGUAUUACCACUACUGAUUGAACUUUGUGUAUUAGGCCAAAGAACAAAAAGUACUGUAUACGCAUUUGUAGAUUUAUAAAAAUAUUAAACACAUAUAAAAUCCAUAAACAAAUACUAAUAAUAAUGACAAUGGACGACAAACCACAAUGCAACCAAACAAACCAGGCUAUUAAAUAUAAGUAAAAACUGCAAACAAGCGUCAGUGUACCAAAACGGUGAGAAAGCACUGCUACACACACACACAAAGACAAAUGAACCAACUAAUAAAGACCUGAACGAUAUAUUAUCUAAAUAAACGAGUUGUUGGCUCUCAUUUCACGGCUCUCCAUCGCCGCUGCAUGGCAGCCGUAUCCAUGGCAACGAGAUAAACCUGCCCGAGUGUCCCGCUAAUGGCCAGUGUCUGCUUGUGUUGAUGCUUUCUGGGACGCUCUUGGUCAUUUAACGGCACUCUGGGGGGGGGGAUGUGUGCUGUGUGUCGGCUGGGCCAAGUGAGGCGCGUUGGGUAAUACUCGGAGGCUUUGGGGCAAUUUGUGGUCACUGCUGCGACUUCCGUGUUGGACUGUUUACGCCUGGGUAAGUGAUGUAGUGAAAGGACAGGAGCAGGGCAUCACCUCCCCGCUUCUCUUGUCUCACAUUUCAGCUGUAACAUUAUGCCUUAGCAUCUCCAUAGAGCAGCCAUGGAAAAGCUCGCCUUGCCCCCGAGACUGCUUGUCCACACUGACUGAGCUGUGCAGUGCAGUUUAAGAACAUUAUCCCCCUUUAAUCCACUUUGCCUUCUGCUACAUGCAGGUGGACAGACUGUCAGAUGGAGCAGGGUGGCACAGUCAAACACCCGUUUUCAUAUUUAAAUGCUCUUUUAUUUUGGAAACUGAACAAUUUCUCUCAUUGAACUUUGAUGCUGGAUUUCAUCUGUUGUUUUUAAACGUCCUUAAUUAUCUACUUUGUAAUUAGCAGUGAGUCUUUACUCAGACAUGGAGGACCCUGAUAUGCGUCAACAAAAGCUGGACAACCAGCGUACCCUUUUGAUUAAAAAGCAGCAAAAGAAGAGGGCUGAUUCUCAAAUGGUGGUAGCCAAUCGGGAUACGCGCCAAAAGAACCGAAAGCACAAAGCUUCCCGCUCCGAUGAAACACCUCUAUUGAUCAGCCAGUCCCUGAGCAACACAUCCCUGAGUGAUCAAGUUGAACAUGCCCAUGAUAAUCCAUUGGACGAGAUCACGUUGGGUGAAUGUGACAUGACAGCAAACAUGAUGUCAGAUGAGAUGCCUUCAGAGAAGCCCGUCACUCCCAAGAGAAUGGACUUGGAGAUUGACAAAGAGGCUGAGGUGAAGUGUGAAGCGGAGAAUGAUGCUCAGGUGGAGGGAAAAAAGACAAAGAAGAAAGAGCUGAAGAAAGAAAAAGCCAAACAGACGGAACAGAAUGAUGAACAGGAGACGGAGAAGGAAAAAGACAAGGAGAAAAAGGAGAAGAAAACAAAAAAGAAAGACAAAGUGAAAGAAUCUGAAGACCCACAGAAGACAAAUAAGACAACCAAACAAGAGCGUAAAAAGAAGCACUUACUGGAGCCUCCAACCCAGGAGACAGAGUCAGUGGUGGAGGUGGCAAGUCCAAAGAAGAAUAAACUUGAUGAAAGUGACGAUGAAGAGGAAGACGGGUCCCAGAGGCCUGUCACUCAAACGCCUAAGAGGAAAAAACAACUCGACACAUCCAGGUGCCAAAUAAGUGACGACAGCAAAGACGAGGAAACCCAGGAAAAGGAGAAAAAGGAGAAAAAGACAACCAAAGCAGAGAAAACUACGCCGAGUCUCGCCUCCCUUAACUCCAACUACAGGAAGGGUUCAUCUUCAGGCAGUGAAUCUAAUGAAAGAUCAUCCUCUCCGAUGUCAGUGGAGGAUCUUGAGAAGUUUACUUUGCGUCCGGCACCCAGAGAUGUGACGAUCCAGUGCAGGGUCACCAGGGACAGGAGGGGCAUGGAGAAGGGCAUUUACCCGACUUACUACCUCCACAUGGAGAAAGAGGACGGCAAAAGGGUGUUUCUAAUGGCAGGCAGAAAAAGGAAGAAGUGCAAAACAUCCAACUAUCUCAUCUCCACUGACCCCACAAACCUGUCCAGAGACACAAACUGCUACAUUGGAAAACUACGGUCCAAUGUUCUUGGUACAAAGUUUACAGUCUAUGAUGGAGGUGAAAACCCAGAGAAAAAGCCUUUCAUCAAAGAGUGUGAGUCAGUGCGGCAAGAGCUGGCAGCAAUUUGCUAUGAGACAAAUGUGCUGGGGUUUAAGGGUCCCAGGAAAAUGACGGUGAUCAUCCCCGGUAUGUUGGAGAACGAUGAAAGAGUGUCCAUUCGUCCGAAAACUGAACUUGAGACUCUACUGGCCCGCCAUGCGAACAGCAACACAGACAAACUGGUCACCCUGGUGAACAAAUCCCCGAGCUGGAAUGAACAGACUCAGUCGUACGUGCUUAACUUCCACGGACGUGUCACCCAGGCCUCUGUCAAGAACUUCCAGAUCAUCCACCCUGACAAUGAGGAUUACAUAGUGAUGCAGUUUGGCCGUGUAGCGGAGGACGUCUUCUCUAUGGAUUACAGUUUCCCCAUGUGUGCCCUGCAAGCCUUUGCCAUCACCUUGUCAUCUUUUGAUGGCAAACUGGCCUGUGAGUGACCCAUGCUGGUGUGCCUCAAAUGCUUAACUAGAUAGAUAAUCUAGAUAGAAACUUACGGUUUAAAUUAAAGCUAUACCCAUGAUUUUCCACAGGGUCAUUUUUCAUGGUUUGUAUCCUGGUGCAUUGUAACACUUUGUGUACAAAAGAAUGCCACAGACUUAGACUUGUUUUAUAGGUCCAGUAUUAUUGUACCACUGGUUUUAUAUUGAAGUGGAAGAACAGUCGUUUAAGUUAGUACAUGUUAAUUUAAUGGUCUUUCUUUUUAUAUUUGCCAGAUAUGUAAAUUACUUGUGCAAUUAAAAUAUUGGGGACAACUGUUUAAACACUACCAGUGAAAUAUUAAAUGAUAAUAAUACAUGGUUUGCAUGUUUGUGAAUGUUUUUUUUCCCAUUUUAAACAGAAAUAUAGAUCUGUACUGUGUGUACUUUAAUGUCUACUCGUUGAACAAUCACAAUCUUAAGCGGCAGGAGAUUUUCCAACACAAUUUUAUCCUUCCAGAAUCAUCCCAUCAGAUCUUCACCAGUCAGAUUACGUGUUAUUUUCCGGCCAAAAGUUAUCUAGCUGUUUGCUAUCGUGUUAAGAGUCUUUAUCACAAAGAAGGAAGCAUUUUUAUCAAAGCACUUAAAAACUGAAAAAAACUUUUAUCAGAUGUUGCGGAACUGCAACAAGUUGCAGAUAGAGGGAGAGAUCAGGGUUUCUAUCUUGCACAAUAUAAAGACUUGAAGAUGUUCCCUUCUCACAAGAAUUUCAUUGCUGAUCUCAAGCACGUUCACACUGCUUCUCAUGGGGGGACAGAAAGUAAUUUCAGUUUCAAUAAAUAGAAAUAGGCCUCUGUUAUGCUCUGUGGUAAAAAAAGGUGAUCAGAACUGCACAGAUAUUUUUGAUGGCAAAAAGCCCCAAAUUAAACCGUAACCUCUGUUAUCAUAUUGACACGACUAACUGCAUGGUAAUACGGUGUACUUGUUUCCUGUUCAAAUGCUCUUCAAGUUAUAUUUUAAAUAAUGGAGCCUUGAGUGUAUCGUCUUCUUAACUUUCAACCUUUGCUAGUACUUGCUGCAACAAAUGAUAAAGUUGACCUUUACUUUACCAUACCCCCUUUGGACCACUAAUGAACAGCAAAAUGCAUUUAAAUACAAAUCAAACUGAAAACAAACAACAGAGUGUGUGUAUGCCAGUUCAAUUAAACAAAAGUGAACUGUGUUAGCCUGCUGAAGAUGACUUCCUUUUGAUUCUGUUGCAGAUUACUUCAUGCACUAUUGUAUGUACGACCUAACACAUUGAGACACACAUAGGCUACACUACUGGUGUGUAAGUUAGUAUGUUUACAGCAGUGAUUCUCGCCGAGCCACUGCAGGUAGGUUAUGGAUGUCC